UUCCUCUCGAGGACUGUUGGCGCUUCAUCCUACAGCCGCGAGGGCUCGGCUCCCUCCAGUACCCGCCCGGCCCGGGUCCUCCCGGCUCUUCCCGGCCAUGGGGAGCUGCGCGCGGCUGCUGCUGCUCUGGGGCUGCUCCGCGGUGGCCGCAGGACUGAGUGGAGUGGCUGGAGUGAGUGCCCACUGUGAAAAAGCCUGUAACCCUCGAAUGGGAAAUUUGGCUUUAGGGAGAAAACUCUGGGCAGACACUACCUGUGGUCAGAAUGCCACUGAACUGUACUGCUUCUACAGUGAGAACACUGAUCUGACUUGUCAGCAGCCCAAAUGUGACAAAUGCAACGCUGCCCAGCCUCACCUGGCUCAUCUGCCAGCUGCCAUGGCAGACUCAUCCUUCAGGUUUCCUCGCACGUGGUGGCAGUCUGCUGAGGAUGUGCACAGGGAAAAGAUCCAGUUAGACCUGGAAACUGAAUUCUACUUCACUCAUCUAAUUAUGGUCUUCAAGUCCCCCAGGCCGGCAGCCAUGGUGCUAGACCGGUCCCAGGAUUUUGGGAAGACAUGGAAGCCUUACAAGUACUUUGCAACUAAUUGCUCAGCUACAUUUGGCCUGGAAGAUGAUGUUGUCAAGAAGGGAGCUAUGUGCACUUCCAGAUACUCCAGUCCUUUACCAUGCACUGGAGGAGAGGUUAUUUUCAGAGCUUUGUCACCACCAUAUGAUGUGGAGAACCCUUACAGUGCCAAAGUACAGGAGCAGCUGAAGAUCACCAAUCUCCGUGUGCAGCUGCUUAAACGACAGUCUUGUCCCUGUCAGAGAAACGACCUUAACACAAAGCCUCAACAUUUUACGCACUAUGCAAUCUAUGAUUUCAUUGUCAAGGGCAGCUGCUUCUGUAACGGCCACGCUGAUCAGUGUGUACCUGUUGAUGGCUUCAGACCUGUCAAGGCCCCUGGAACGUACCAUGUGGUACACGGAAAGUGUAUGUGUAAGCACAACACAGCAGGCACCCACUGCCAACACUGUGCACCUUUAUACAAUGACCGUCCCUGGGAGGCAGCUGAUGGCAAAACAGGGUCUCCAAAAGAGUGCAGAACCUGUAAGUGCAAUGGGCAUGCUGAUGCCUGUCACUUUGACAUUAAUGUGUGGGAGGCAUCAGGGAAUCGCAGUGGUGGUGUCUGCAAUGACUGUCAGCACAACACGGAAGGUCAGCAUUGCCAGCGUUGUAAACCAGGCUUCUACCGGGACCUCCGGAGACCUUUCUCUGCACCAGAUGCUUGCAAAUCUAUUCAUCCACUAGCCAAAAAAAAAAAAAAGUUGAUAGUAGAAGGAAAGGAGAAAACAGUACCCAAAAAAGUGUGUUCCUGUCAUCCAGUUGGAUCAGCUGUCCUUCCUUUCAGCUCAGUGACCUUCUGUGACCCCAGCAAUGGUGACUGCCCUUGCAAGCCUGGGGUGGCAGGGCCACACUGUGACAGGUGUAUGGUGGGAUACUGGGGCUUCGGAGACUACGGCUGCAGGCCCUGUGACUGUGCGGGGAGCUGCGACCCUCUCACAGGAGACUGCAUUAGCAGCAGCACAGACAUAGACUGGUAUCAUGAAAUUCCUGACUUCCAUUCCAUACACAAUAAGAGUGAACCAACCUGGGAGUGGGAGGAUGAGCAAGGAUUUUCGGCACUUCGACAUUCAGGUAAAUGUGAGUGUAAGGAACAGGUGUUAGGAAACUCCAAGGCAUUCUGUGGAAUGAAAUAUUCAUAUGUGCUAAAAAUAAAGAUUUUAUCAGCUCAUGAUAAAGGAUCUCAUGCUGAGGUCAAUGUGAAGAUUAAAAAAGUCUUAAAAUCUACCAAAUUGAAAAUUUUACGAGGAAAGCGGACAUUAUAUCCAGAAUCAUGGACUAACAGAGGCUGUACUUGUCCAAUCCUCAAUCCUGGUCUGGAGUACCUUGUAGCAGGACAUGAGGAUGUAAGAACAGGCAAACUAGUUGUGAAUAUGAAAAGUUUUGUCCAGCACUGGAAACCAUCUCUUGGAAGAAAAGUCAUGGAUAUUUUGAAAAGAGAGUGCAAGUAGCAAUAAAUGUGUAUAACACAUAAUGGCACUUCUCUAUGUACAAAACACAAGCUUAAUGGAAAGGAGACUUCAAAAAUGAAACUGGAAUUUUCUUUAAGUGCCAAAAUAUAUAGAAAUGUUCCAAUGCAUGGGCCUGUCUAAUCUAUCUCUUUUGGGCCCCUGUUUAAAUACAGUUUGUUUCACAAAGAGGAAUGAAAAAUCCUAUACUGAUACCUGUUUUCUAUGGAAUUGAUUCUAAAAGUCAUCACUAUUAAGAGCAUUUAAAUAGCAGUAUGAUAUUUAGCAGUAAUCCAUUAAGGGCAAAGCAUCUAACAAGGACUCCUCCCAGCUUCAGAUUACGUUAUUUACAUUUGUGCUACUUGAAGUAAUUAAUGAGAUUUUAAGGAAUUCCCAACCCUACUAUCAGAAAAGGUGUUUCUUGAAAAGAGCCUUCUCUUGUGUGAAGUGUGUGAACUUUGGUCUAUGGGGUGUUAAAUGGAACCUCUCCAUAUGUAUAUAGUAUUUCAUUGUAAAAAGCACUUUACUACCUACCACUUGUGUUGUGAAAGUUUAGAGAUUGCUGUUGACAGAAAGAAAAUAAAAGGGCACGUAAGAAAACCUGCUGAAACAGAAGCACUGCCACUACAUGUGGAAAAAAGUAACCAUAUAAAGGAAGUUGUACUAUUUAACCUUGAACACCUGGAGAAACUAUGUGAAGAUGCAACCUGAAAGGAGAAUAUGUUUGCAUGAAGUCUCAGCUUCAGGCUAGAGGUUAGAUUCCACAUAUACUGGCCACGAUGAAACUUUUUAUGAAAAACAAGAAGAGACUUUAAAAUAAGUGAAAAGAGUUAUAAGUGUCGAAAUAUGCUUGGAUGAAGAGGAAAUGGACUUUAAAUGUUAAAAAGCUCAUUUAUUUGUAAUGCACUUGUAUACAUUUCAAAAAUUAUUUUAGACACAGAAUUUGUUUUAUUUUUAUGUUUAGUAUUUAAACCUGAAUAUUGAAACAGUUUCCUCCUUGUCUUUAUGAACAGUAUAUGGCCAUUCUAUUUACUCACUUUUUGACACAGUGUAUGUGAUAGUUCACCUACAGUUUUUCAUUGUUUUUCCUCUUCUGUACCCAUGCAUAAAUAACCACUAUAUAUACCAUUUCUUUUGUACUUGAAUAUACAAAACGUGAACCACAGUGCCAUAAGAUUAACUUCACAUACAGAAAAUAUUUUUCCUGAGGUCCUGUGGACUUACAAAAAUAUAUAUAUAUUGCUGUUAAUUUUUUUUAUAUAUGUAAUAAAGGAAUAUGAUCUCCUGA